GUUUUUGUCAAAGAUUCUCUGAACUAAGCUCUAGAAGAAGGAAAUUGAGUAUGUUUUAAGCUCAAGGUCCCACCUGUAUUGGGGUUGUUUACAGAGCUGUCAUUACUACCCUCGUUUUGAGUUUUCCAAGUUGCUUGUGGCCUGUGGCAAAUGGGUUGCAGCUUCUGGCGUUUCAGAAGUAAUUUAUUAUUGUAUGACACUGGAGCAUAAAUAAUGGGUUCUUCACGUCUUUUGUUUUUUCUUUGAUUGUAAGGGAGGUUCAUGGUUUCUUGAGCUGUGGGAGGGGUUGAGAGUUGAGACUGAGAAUCUUGGGGUAGAUUUGAGCAAGAAAUUGUGGGUUUGUCUCACUUUGUUUAUUCCGUCAUUUAGGGAUUCUUUUUGGUGGUUUUGGGUGCAGAAAGUGUUGGAGGGGUUGACCUAAAAGUUGGAGUUUUGUUUUGGUAAGGGUUGUUUGGGAUUGAGAUUGGUGGUUUUCAAGUGGGUUUUGUACAGUGUAGUGGUUUUGAGAGCGGAAACUUUGAGGGGUUCUGUGCAAAACUUCAAAUUCGAGUUCAUAGCUGUGUGGGAGCGUUUCACAAGCAGUAAACUUUUUGGUUCGUCUCUUUGAAGAGAUUGCUGGGUUUUUUUGUUGAAUCUGUUGGUAGAUUUGGGUGGUUUUGGCCUGACGUCGGUGGCAUUACAAUGUGGGUGCUCCGCUUUUGGAGCGUUUUUGGCAGAGACGUCAACGUCUUGUUUUAGUUUCUGGAGAAGAAAUUGCGUUUUCGGGGUUUUCUGUUGCUUUAUCAAGUGGUUUGGUCUCUGUAGUGGCUGCUUCAGGGAAGAAGCUCAGUUGAUUUGUGUUCCCAACAGUGAAAAUGCUCUUAGGUAGGUUGCAAGGAUGGGUUUGAGCUUUGCUGCAAUUUGUUUUUCCUGAACUGAGGGGCCAACUUAGGUGAUUUUCAGGGUGAUUUUUGGCCUUUCAGUGGCUUAGAGGCUUUAUUGGUCCAAAUUUAUUCCAUUUGAAUCUCUUUCAAUUAUCAGAGAUGUCUUCCAAAGUUCCAGGUUCUGAAAUGGCUAUUAUGAAGCUUGGUUCCAAGACUGAUGCAUUCCAACGGCAAGGACAAGCCUGGUUCUGUACAACUGGACUGCCUAGUGAUGUUGUUGUUGAAGUUGGAGAAAUGUCCUUCCAUCUCCACAAGUUUCCUUUACUUUCUAGGAGUGGGGUUCUGGAAGGGUUGAUUGCCAAAGUGUCAGAUGAAGGAGAAGAAGGCUGUGUUAUACAGCUUCUUGACAUCCCUGGUGGGGCCAAAACAUUUGAACUUGUUGCCAGGUUCUGCUAUGGGGUGAAACUUGAACUCACCGCCUCAAAUGCUGUUUAUCUUCGAUGCGCUGCUGAGCAUCUUGAGAUGACUGAGGAAUAUGGGGAAGGGAAUCUGAUCGCACAGACUGAGCUUUUUCUUAACCAAGUUGUUCUUCGUAGCUGGAAGGACUCUGUAAAGGCGCUUCAAACUUGUGAAGAUAUCUUCCCCGAGGCUGAAGACCUCAACAUUUGUAAGAGAUGUAUAGAGUCACUAGCAGCAAAGGCAUGUACGGACCCAAACCUUUUUGGUUGGCCCAUGAUGGACAAUGGUAGGCUCAUGCAGAGCCCAGGGGGGAGUGUCUUAUGGAAUGGCAUAAGUACCGGAGCCAGGCCAAGAAAUGCAAGUUCAGAUUGGUGGUAUGUGGAUGUAUCAACUUUGAGUUUACCUCUGUAUAAGAGGUUGAUCUCAGUGAUGGAAUCUCGAGGCAUUAGACAGGAUACCAUUGCUGGGUCCCUUGUGUUCUAUGCAAAAACAUACCUGCCCGGGAUGAAUAGACGGCAAAGUGUCAGUGAGUCUGGCACACGUCCUCCACCUGCAACUUUGGGAACUCCCCUAUCUGAAGAGGACCAGAAGCUUCUACUUGAAGAGAUUGAUCGAUUAUUGCCCAUGCAAAAGGGUCUAACCUCAACCAAGUUCCUUUUUGGGAUGCUUCGUACGUCCAUGAUCCUUCAUGCCAGCCCAUCUUGCAUAUCAAACUUGGAGAAAAGGAUUGGAUUGCAACUGGACCAAGCUACGUUGGAAGACCUCUUGAUGCCCAACUUCUCUUAUUCCAUGGAAACUCUUUACAAUGUUGAGUGUGUACAGCGGAUUCUUGAACACUUCUUGGCUAUGGAUCAGGCAACUGGCGGGGCCACCCCAUGCUCAGAUGAUGAUAGACAGUUGAUGGGAUCACCCUCUCUCACUCCAAUCACAAUGGUAGCCAAACUGAUAGAUGGGUACCUUGCAGAGGUUGCUCCUGAUAUUAAUUUGAAGCUCCCCAAGUUUCAAGCAUUGGCUGCGGCUGUUCCUGAAUAUGCCAGACCAUUGGAUGAUGGGCUUUAUCGUGCAAUUGACAUAUAUCUUAAGGCACACCCAUGGCUCACGGAUUCUGAAAGAGAACAGCUCUGCAGGCUGAUGGAUUGCCAAAAGCUCUCCCUGGAAGCUUGCACCCACGCAGCCCAGAAUGAGAGGCUGCCUCUCAGAGUAAUUGUCCAAGUCCUCUUCUUUGAGCAGCUCCAGCUGAGGACUUCAAUUGCUGGAUGUUUUCUGGUCUCUGACAACCUUGAUGGUUCAAGGCAGUUACGGAGUGGGUUUGCAGGGUCAACUGAAGGGGGCUGGGGUCCGGCCGCGAGGGAGAACCAAGUAUUGAAGGUGGGAAUGGAUAGCAUGAGAAUGCGGGUUAAUGAACUCGAGAAGGAGUGCUCGAACAUGAGGCAGGAGAUUGAGAAGUUGGGCCGAGGGAAAACUUCAAGCAAGUGGGGCAGUGUAUCUAAGAAGUUUGGAUUCAAGCUGAAGUCACAGAUGUGCAGCGCCCAAGAUGGGUCUGUCAGUAACCAGAAUAAGGAAGUAGGUGGAAAAAUUGAGAAGGUGAAUGACAGACAUGGGAAACAGAAAAAAAACUUGUCUGCAGAGGGGUAAGCUCUAUUUUUUCCUUUUCAUUUUUUCCCCAAGAUCUUGUGGUCUUCAUUGUUUGUAUUUCUGCUUCCCUUUCCUUAGCUCUAAAACUGGGAAUUUCCAUCUUCUACUAGUCUACGGGCCAUUCUUGUUUUGAUGCUCUUCUAUUUUUCCUUAUUUCUUUUCUUGAUUACUCUCGACCAUGUAAAGGAGAUGGAAAUAGGUACUUCUGAUGUAAUUUAUUAUUAUUGUAAUAGAAAUCAGUAAUCUCUCUCUUUCUCA